UGAUAGGACGUGUAACGAGGGUUAUGUGGUUUUUCUUUAAAACGUUAAAUGAAAAUUGUAAAAAAAAAAUUAAAAGUUGUUAAAAAAUGUUGUCACAAAGUUGAGUAAUUAUAUGAAAUAGCUGAAUUGAUAUACGUAAAUUCAAAAUGUCAAACGAAAUCGAAACGAGCUUAUUAAUAAUCAUACUAGACGUAAAUCCCGUGCAAAGAAUUAUAAAGCAAGAAACAAGGCUACUGACACAAUGUCUCGAUUCAACUAUCGUUUUUGCCAAUGCACAUUUAAUGCAAUCCUCUAACAAUCAACUUGCUAUGAUAGCAUGUCACAGUCAUGGAGCAAAAUUCUUAUAUCCUUUUGAGAAAUCAUUGGAGAUUAGACAAAUUGAUGGGCAGUAUGAAAAAUUUACUAUGGUUGAACGUACUGUCAGACAACAAUUGCAACAAGUUGUCCAUGAAAUUUCGAUGGGUAAACCAUUGAAUGGAGAAAGUUUAAUAUCUGGAGCAUUAACCAUGGCAUUGUGCUAUAUUGCAAGAUUAGAGAGGGACAAAAUUGCUGGUGAAAAAUUACAUCCAAGGAUUCUUGUAAUCACUGCCAGCAAUGAUUCAGCUACACAAUACAUGAAUUAUAUGAACAUAUUUUUCACUGCUCAAAAAAUGGGAGUAAUAUUAGAUGUGUGCAGUUUAGAUCAGGAAUUGACUUUACUUCAACAGGGCUGUGAUAUAUCUGGUGGAAAUUAUUUAAAAGUUCCCCAAUUAAGUGGAUUAUUACAAUAUUUAUUGUGGAUAUUUUUACCAGAUCCAAAUAUUAGGUCAAAAUUGGUACUUCCACCACCUGUGAAAGUAGAUUACCGUGCAGCAUGCUUCUGCCAUCAAGAAUUAAUUGACAUUGGCUAUGUAUGCUCCAUAUGUUUAUCAAUAUUUUGUAAAUUCAGUCCAAUAUGCACAACCUGUCACACAGUAUUCAAAAUGCCAGGACCUAUGCCUAUAAAAAUGAAGAAAAAGAAAAAGAAUGUAGAUAUUGUUCAUUAG